AUGUGCAGUAAUACUCUGUUCAAAUCAGAAAUUGCCAUUGAUGCUGCGUUCUCCAAACUCACACUUGAUAUUCUAGAAGCAAAGUCUGUACCAGGAGAAAAUUUAGAAAUAUUAGCUUUAAACCAUGACUUGUCACCCAAUGCCAGCAAGAAUACUCUGUUCAAAUCAGAAAUUGCCAUUGAUGCUGCGUUCUCCAAACUCACACUUGAUAUUCUAGAAGCGAAGUCUGUACCAGGAGAACAUUUAGAAAUAUUAGCUUUAAACCAUGACUUGUCACCCAAUGCCAGCAAGAUCACUGUAGAAACACAACCACAUGAUGAGCUGUUUGACACUAAAACAUUCGGAGAAGAAUUCUGUAAAUGGUUCUACCAGCUCCUUAAUUCCCAUAACCCACAAAGUGGCACAGCAAAAGGUGACUGGGGACCUCGCCAUUUUUGGGAUAAUGCUAUUUUAAAGCUUAUAUACGUCACAACAGAAAAAACAGAGGAGCAUAAAGGAGCCCAGAUGACAAGUCAAUGUUUGCUUUCUUUAGUACAAGAAGAAAAACUGAUGUUUAGUCCUAAUCUUGAUGACAACGGACUAAAAUGCGUGAAGUCUCUUCAUGGACUGGUGGUUGUAGCCAUUGCUGGUAUAGUCAUCAGAGAUAAUUCUUGUCUGGAUUUAUUUCAACAUAUUUUUGGGCUUGUUCUUUGCCCAAUUAGUAACAAUUGGAAAAUACAAUUUGUUAAAAUGAAAUUCUGUGGAAAAACAUCAACAUUAGAUUAUUCUAUGUGUAAACCCGCUGUUGAAUAUAAAACAAAAUAAUUGAUAACUGUGGCUGAACUCUUUGACUUGGGUAGAAAGUCAUUGGGUCAUUCAGUUAUCUGGCAAGAAUAACUGCUUGUGCUUUUGUGGUGCUUGUGUGGCACCAGAGUAAUCAGUUUUGCAUCGCCUGUCCUCCGGUGGCCUGUAUUUAGCUUUUCAGGGUUGUGUUGUGCCAUUUUUCUAUUGAAUUUAUCGUACAGAUUAGAAGCUGGAACAGCUAUCGUCUGCUCAGCUCCGU